AUGGGAGAAACUGUACUGCCCAACACCACCUUCUUACAUCCAACCUUUUUCAUACUAAUGGGCAUUCCAGGGCUGGGAGGUGCCCAGGCCUGGCUGACAUUGGUCUUUGGGCCCAUGUAUCUACUGGCCUUACUGGGCAAUGGAGCGCUAUUGGCAGUGGUACGGAUUGACUCCAAGCUGCAGCAGCCCAUGUUUCUACUCCUAGCCAUGUUGGCAGCCACAGAUCUGGGCUUAGCGAUGUCGAUUGCCCCAGGGUUGCUAGCCAUACUGUGGCUUGGGCCCCGACCUGUGCCGUAUGCUGCCUGCCUGGCUCAGAUGUUCUUUGUCCAUGCUCUGACAGCCGUGGAGUCUGGUGUGCUUUUGGCCAUGGCGUGUGAUCGUGCUGUGGCAGUAGGGCGUCCACUACACUACCCUAUUCUGGUCACUAAAGCCCGUGUGGGCUACGCAGCCCUGGCACUGGCCCUCAAAGCAGUGGCUAUUGUUGUGCCUUUCCCUCUUCUGGUGGCACGAUUUGAGCGCUUCCGAGCCAAGACUAUCAGCCAUGCCUACUGCGCACACAUGGCCGUGGUAGAGCUGGUGGUGGGUAACACGCGAGCCAACAAUUUGUAUGGGCUGGCACUCUCACUGGCUGUGUCAGGUGUGGAUAUUCUGGGCAUCACUGGCUCCUACGGGCUCAUUGCCCAUGCUGUGCUGCGGCUGCCCACCCGGGAGGCCCGUACCAAGGCCUUUGGUACAUGCAGUUCUCACAUCUGUGUCAUUCUGGCCUUUUAUGUGCCUGGUCUCUUCUCCUACCUCACACACCGUUUUGGUCGUCACACUGUCCCAAAGCCCGUGCACAUCCUACUCUCCAACAUCUACUUGCUGCUGCCACCUGCCCUCAACCCCCUCAUCUAUGGGGCCCGCACCAAGCAGAUCAGGGACCGACUCCUGGAAACCUUUACAUUCAGAAAAGGCCUGUUCUAA